AUAAAGUCCAUAGCUACGUCUGGAAUCAAUAUUACGAAAUAGACGCAGCUUCGAGCAGUAGUAGUUCCGAUUGAGAGUUUGUGCACUUGUGCAAGCCCAGCCUGCUUCUGCUUCAACCCCUGCCCCUCCGAAGAUUGACUCAUUCUGUUCGCCGUGCGCAAGAACCGAAUGCCCAAAAUGGUCGAAGAAAUCAAAACGAAACUGCAGACGAGAUCUUCAUUGCGAGCAGCAUGUCCGCCUCGCUUCGCUCUACUUCUCGCCUUGGUCACGGCAUCCCUUAUCCACCUCCCGUCAGCCGAUGCAAAGACUAGUGCCUUUUACCCAUCUCCGGGAGUAGAACAAACAGGCCACAACUACCACCAAGGGGUUGCCCAGCACUACAAAAGCAGAAACACGAACUACGGCCGGAGUCUCGGAUUCGCACAGGCACAUCACGAAGAGGUGGAAAAUGAGGAGGACUUCUCAACAACAUCCGUUCAGAAGAAUACUCUUCACAACCUCAACAGCGACCAAAGCUACGCGACAGAAGCAAGUGCUGCAGAUCAUGUUGAUAACUCUUGGUCGUCGUACCUUUCCGGCAUGCUGCCCCAGUUUGGCUUGUCGAACACAACAGAAGGCGGGUCGUCCAUAGCCGCCCCGCCUAACGAAGUCGUGCCAGCAACAUCUACGUGGCAGGACCCGAUGAGGCUCCACCUGGGAGGGGACCUUUCGAACACAAAAGCGGACGUCCAGGUGGGGCCGCUCGCGAUCCGCGUGACCAUGAUGAACCCUAAGGGUUUAGGGUUUAGUGAGCAAACCCCAAAGAACCCCGUGUCCGGGGCGGACGGACGGAUUUCGCCGGAGGAUGGGUGGCUGCUCGUUGCGGAUCACGCGGACGUUGCACUGCCAGGUGAGGUUUCAUCUUCAGCUGGUGGCACAGGAGCAGGUGGGGCUUUUCUGGGAACAACAGGGGCCGCAGGACCUACAACUUCUUCUACCAGGGGGAGUACCAGCACAACAGCUCAUCACGUCCAUUGGAGCGUGGACACGAGCAGCACACAGACCACCGCGAUGGUAACGAUUCAGGACGUCGAUAUGUUCUUCCCCGGAAUGAUGAUGUCCCAGCAGUCACAUGCAGCUUCCGCCGCGAACCACAACUUCCACCGCCAACAAGCAGUUGACCAAGUCUACACCUUCUCCGUCUUCGACGGUAGCGGCAACGACGUUUUCGCGUGCACCGCAACUUUGAGUGGCGCUGGAGGUGCGGGCAACUACGGCAAGAGUGGUUCAUCCUCCACACAGACCAAGAGAACAAGCACGGGAACUUGCUACGGUACUACGAUGAAGUCGAGGAUGGCGUCUUUCGCGGCCAGCGGCGUGGGGAUCUCCUUUGGCUUGUCCGUGGAUGCAGCGGACAAGAAGUUGACCUUUUCGUUGAACGGGGUAGACUGGACGGGGAUUGACGGCUACGUGAAGUUGGCGAAGCGGUUCAUCCGGAGCCUGGGGGAGAGGCCGAUCGAAACCAUGCUGCGGUACUCCUACCCAGCAGCGAUGAAUCAUGGUGGGGAAGUGGGUGCAGGUGAGGGAAAUGAUGACCAGGCAAGAACCAUCACACGGGACGUGCACGUGCAAAUCAAGAUGUAGACCGUGUUUGGUUUUGCGGUCGGAAGAUAAUUCUGGAGGUCAAGAAGAGCGGGCGGGAGAAUCAUGGCGGAAAGCAAGCUUCUGGAUUUUUUGAAUGUUGAAGCCGCCGCAUCAACAGGUGAACUUAACAAAUUCCCAAUGCCCCGGGUCGACUAUGUUGUUAAACGUCUCUCUCAUGCCCAUGCGCACCAUAUUCAUCUAAUCUCGAUGGUGAUGCCACUAACUUCACAUUCUUAUCAAUCUACUCACGUUGAUCACCAUGUCCAUGAGCAUGAUUGAGCGUGCUAAUCGUUCCACCAAGAAUCAAAAAUCUCUAUGUCUGCAAAACGAACCCCAACAAAAAACAAUCUGUUUGUCCGCAAAACGCAAGGAAUUCAAAACAUUCAACAUGAGUAGCU